AUGGAGGGGGAUUUAACCGAGCUGUUGCAGAAAUUUUCUUUAGCUGGAAAUGAGCUUUCAGGAGCUAUUCUGAAUCUAGAGGACCUCAACAGUGGAAUUAAAGAAUGUGAAGGAAGUUUGAUAGGUAGAAUUAUGGGGGAAAAAGUUGCGAAUUUUACAGGGGUGAAGAAUUUUGUUGCCGCUGCUUGGAGCUAUCCCAAAAACUUGACAGUUAUGGAACUAGGGCCCAAUUUAUUCCAGUUUAACAUCCCUAGUCUAAAAGAAAAAGAAAGGAUUGUGGAAGGGGGCCCGUGGGUGAUAGACAACCAAGUGUUGGUUAUUAGGAGGUGGUCAGAGGGGAUAGAAGGAAAUUAUGGAGACUUUACCAUCGCACCUCUGUGGGUGCAACUUUGGGAUUUGCCUGUGCAUUGGUUAACUAAGGAGGUGGGUAGGAAGAUUGGGGCUGUGUUUAAGGGAGUGAAAGAAGUUAUUGUCCCUCAAUCUGGGGGAAAAGAGGGUAGACACCUCAAAAUCCUGGCCCUUGUAGACCUAUCUGUACCUCUCCUUAGAGGCACAGUGGUUCAAACAGCAGGAAAGUUGAAAUGGGUAGUGUUUAAGUACGAGAGAUGCCCAGACUUUUGUUAUAAUUGUGGUGUUGUAGGUCAUAGUGAAAGAUCCUGUAAAGAACAGAGAGUUAUGAUGGCUAGGCUCUCAGAAAACCAAUAUGGCCCUUGGAUGAGAGCAGGGAACACCAAAAGUCCUAGUAAGGAAAGACCUUUGAAACCUGAGCUGAGUAAGGACAAAAGGUACUGGAGAUUUUAG